AGCCAAAUCACAGACAGUAUAAAUAGCGAUGGCGGCAGGUGGAAAUACACACGACCAGAAGAUCAAGCGUAUGUAUGGGACAGUCCUGGAUCACGUGGGAGGUUGGGAUUACGCCAAACAAACUCAUUUAGUCUGCAAGAUAGAAGGUGACGAUGUCCCUAUAGUAAAAACAAACGAUCCCAAGGGCGCUGGAAAUGUACAUGCUGAGGAGUUAUUGAUAGAUGACUUGGAGAGGAACAACACAUUGAAUGAAACCAACGGCUCCUCUGGUGCCGACCCUGAUCUUUCAGAAGACUUUAAAAAUAUGUCGUUAAAUGAAUCGAAAAAAAAAUGCAACGAUAAAGAAAGCAACCUCCCUGAUCUGUUGAAUAUAACGGUAUACAUAAACAAUUCUCCUUGCUCUCAUCCUGAUCAUGAAUGUACGGAUAAAUUGAUUAAAUUUUUGGAUAGAUACAGAAGAAUUCAAUUAAAUUUGUAUGUCACCAGCUUGUUCAACAUUCGUCGCGAGUCUUGCAUAUCUAGACGAGAAACUCAUUCGGUGAACGAAUUGAUUCACACUAUAACCUGUGAUGGGUUAAAAAAUCUUAUGCAUCACGAACGCUGUGAGAUCAGGGCAUUCACUAAAAAAGACUGGGAAGACUUGUUUGGCAUUGCAAAUGUCUCACAGGCAGUCAGUGACCAGCUUCUUGGUAGAUACGGCACCACCACAGCUGGCAAUGAUAGAAGUAGAGAAGAGGAGGAUAAACGUAUGCAGGGUGAUCUGAACUAUAUCCAUGCCAAUUAAUAACAAGGGCACCGCUAUGCGGAGCAUCCCCUCGCGACAUGAAUUAUUGUGUGUAGGGAUGCAUUAUUUAGCAAUAUAUAGUUAUGUUAAUGAUUAGACCACAUUCUACUAACCCUCCAUUACUGCAAAAACUACAUUUUCUUUACCUGUACUAGAUCUAAAUAAAAAAAAUAUCAAGUUGUUGAUUUGAACUGCUUACUUUCACUUUAGUUUCAAAGAAGUGAAGCAGAGUAUAGAUAACUCUUACUCAGAAAUUUCGAUUGAUAACUCGUAUA